AUGCUAGAUCGGAGGGACAAUAUCGAGCCAUGCCAUGCCAACACUUGCCAAUGGAUUUUGGAGUUGGAAAAGUAUAAGUCCUGGAGAAGCCAGUCUUGCGGUCUCCUAUGGAUCAAGGGCAAGCCAGGAGCGGGAAAAUCAACUUUGAUGGCAUUCCUCCACGAUACGCUUAAAACAUUGCAAGACGGGACCCAGGGCAUUCGGCUCGACUUCUUCUUUAGCGCCCGGGGCACAGAAUUACAACGCACACCGCUAGGGAUGUUCAGGUCAUUGCUUAACCAGAUAUUUGACCGCGAUAUAAGCGCGCGCCCUCUAGUGCGCGAGACCUACGAACAACGGUGUCGGCAGUUUGGAUCUAGUGAAUCUAAAUGGGAAUGGCCACGAGUGUUGCUAGAAGAGCUACUAGCAGGUGCUAUCCUAGCAUCAGCUAAUCGACAGUCCGUCACGGUUUUUGUGGAUGCUCUCGAUGAAGCUGGGGCUGAGUCCGCUCAGCAGCUUACAACAUACUUCCAUCGGCUUAUUGAUCGUGCAGGAAAGAAGAACUUAGCCGUUCAAAUCUGUAUCUCAUGUCGACAUUAUCCUAUUAUGGGAAACGAUCAGGCUAUGGAGAUCAAUGUCGAGGAUCAUAAUUAUGACGACAUUUCCACAUACAUCAAAGACACCCUUACCGAUAUGGAGGUCGAAGAGGGUCUUGAUCAAGAGACUAGAGAAGUACUGAUGCAGCAAUUAAUUCAACAAGCAAACGGGGUCUUCCAAUGGGCCCACCUCAUAAUGCCUCUUGUUUGCAGGAGAAUAUUAGAAGGGGAGUCGUUUGAUGAAACCCGCCUCUGGUUACGCGACAUCCCAGCCGGCUUAGACGAUGUGUAUACCUACAUCUUAAACAAAGUGAUAGAGUACAAGAAUUGGGAGAACUCAUUUUUACUUUUCCAGUGGAUAUGCCUCGCUGAGCGACCCCUUACAGUGACGGAAAUGCGGUAUGCUUUAGCGGCCAGUAAUUGCAAAACGACAACUAUUUCUCUAAGGGGAUGGGAGAAGGCCAAUGGUUUUGUCGAAAGCAACGAACGCAUGAAGCGAAGAGUCAAGACUCUCUCUGGUGGACUAACUGAAGUAGUCUCAAGUGAAGAUCACGACGAGACUAUACAGGUAAUACACCAGUCGGUGAACGACUUCUUCCGCGCAAAAGGGCUUCAAAUUUUACAUCAUCACGCCAACGGAAUCACAUUACCCACUGAUAGCAACAAGAUUCUCUUUCAAUGCCAAGCGAGUCUCUAUCGAUCAUGCAUGGUAUAUCUAGCCACUAUAGACUUGCCUCAAGAGAUUCUAGAGGACCAGGGAAAAGAAAAAAUCAUCCAGGUUUACUCAUUCCUCAAUUACGCCACCACAAACUUGUUCAUUCACGCAGAAAAAGCCGCCGGCUCUCGGGCGGACGCAGUACAGAAUGAAUCAGAUAUGUUACAGCGGGUGAUAAAUCAAUGGAUUCAGACCUAUCGAGUGCUGAAUCCACAUGAUUUAGCAUGUCCAGCAAAAGGCACAACCCUCUUACAUAUCGCCGCAGCUACCAAUCUGGUUGACAUCAUAGAGCCUGCACUGUUAAAUGGCGAGGACGUCACGAGGGAAGAUGAAAACAGAAGCACAGCAUUGCAUUUAGCAGCAAGAUGGGGUCAUAUACCAGCGGGAAAAAUACUCCUGGACAAAGGAGCGGACCACGAGGCUAGAUGCAGAAAUGGGAGAACCCCAUUAAUCGAGGCGGCAAGGAGAGGGAAUGUGGCAUUUGUCGAAUGGCUUUUGCUUAAAGGAGUGACCCUUGAAAGCACACGAAAUAGAAGUCAAAGUGCGCUACAAGCUGCUGCGUUCGAAGGUCAUCAGGAUGUGGUGGAGAUACUACUAGGGGCUGGAGCAAAGGUCAACGCCCAGGGUGGUUCCUAUGGCAAUGCCCUCCAGGCCGCUGCAUAUGGAGGAUCCACUGAGGUAGUGCGAAUGCUACUUAGCGCUCAGGCUAACGUAAAUGCCCAGGGUGGUGAAUAUGGCAAUGCCCUCCAGGCCGCUGCAUAUCAAAGAUCGAGUGAGACAGUUCGAAUGCUACUUAACGCUCAGGCGGACGUCAAUGCCCAAGGUGGUCUCUAUGGCAAUGCCCUCCAGGCCGCUGCAUUGGGGGGAUCCACUGAGACAGUUCGAAUGCUACUUAACGCUCAGGCUAACGUAAAUGCCCAAGGUGGUGAAUAUGGCAAUGCCCUCCAGGCCGCUGCAUAUGGAGGAUCCACUGAGAUAGUUCGAAUGCUACUUGACGCUCAGGCGGACGUCAAUGCCCAAGGUGGUGAAUAUGGCAAUGCCCUUCAGGCCGCUGCAUAUGGACGAUCCGCUGAGUCAGUGCGAAUGCUACUUGAUGCUCAGGCUGACGUUAAUGCCCAAAGUGGUGAAUAUGGCAAUGCCCUUCAGGCCGCUGCAUAUGGACGAUCCGCUGAGUCAGUGCGAAUGCUACUUGAUGCUCAGGCUGACGUUAAUGCCCAAGGUGGUCUCUAUGGCAAUGCCCUCCAGGCCGCUGCAUAUCAAAGAUCGAGUGAGACAGUUCGAAUGCUACUUAACGCUCAGGCGGACGUCAAUGCCCAAGGUGGUCUCUAUGGCAAUGCCCUCCAGGCCGCUGCAUAUGAAGGAUCCACUGAGGUAGUGCGAAUGCUACUUAGCGCUCAGGCUAACGUAAAUGCCCAAGGUGGUCUCUAUGGCAAUGCCCUUCAGGCCGCUGCAUUGGGGGAUUCCACUGAGACAGUUCGAAUGCUACUUAACGUUCAGGCUGACGUUAAUUCCCAAAGUAGUGAAUAUGGCAAUGCCCUCCAAGCCGCUGUAUUAGGAAGAUCCACUGGGACAGUUCGAAUGCUACUUGACGUUCAAGCGGACGUCAAUGCCCAAGGUGGUCUCUAUGGCAAUGCCCUCCAGGCCGCUGCAUAUGAAGGAUCCACUGAGGUAGUGCGAAUGCUACUUAGCGCUCAGGCUAACAUAAAUGCCCAGGGUGGUUCCUAUGGCAAUGCCCUCCAGGCCGCUGCAUAUGGAGGAUCCACUGAGGUAGUGCGAAUGCUACUUAGCGCUCAGGCUAACGUAAAUGCCCAAGGUGGUGAAUAUGGCAAUGCCCUCCAGGCCGCUGCAUUGGGGGGAUCCACUGAGAUAGUGCGAAUGCUACUUGAUGCUCAGGCAGACGUUAAUGCCCAAAGUGGACCAUUUGGAUCUCCUCUUUCAGCAGCAGUUCAUGAAAAUGAAUCCCACGUGGUUCAGAUACUUCUUGAUGCUGGCGCAGAUGUUUUACUUACAGAUGAUCUCGGUCAUACCCCUUUGCAUAUUGCAUCCUCGAGAGAUAUGCUCCACAUUCUCCAUCAAUUUCCGCAGCUUGCUUUGGCUGUCAACAGCCUGGACAGGUUCUCACAAAGUCCUCUUCAUUUGGCUGUUCACCACGGGCACAUUGAAUUCGCUUUAAUGCUUCUCGAUCUCCGUGCUGAUCCUAGCCUUAUGGAUGGCUAUGGCAGAAAUAUCAUGGACUGGACAUAUGGAAAUCAAAGCCUGAUGCACCAAAUUCGUCCUCAUUGCCCUCAAAUAAUCUUAACACCCAUUGAGACUCAGAAGCUGAGCGUUCGUCUAUCUGUCUUUCAAAUAUCAGAUGCCAUUCUUCAUUCUAGGCUGAAGUCUCUGUGGCCUCUUGUGCAACAACUGGGUCGCUAUUUCUUGUUUCUCGAUGAACUGGACAACGCGCGCUAUCUAUUCCAACUCCAUUUGCUGCAGAUCAAAUCUGAAAACACUCCAGAAUGCUGGAUAUUCUGUGAAUUUUGUAAAAAUCCUAUUACGGACUCUUACUUUGUGUGCAAAAUCUGUGCCCAUGUUGAUCUUUGCUCAGACUGCAUACCGCAAAACUCCAACCACCAUCGAAUGCAUCCAGAUCAACAGCAUGAGAUAUUUGAAGUGCCCAAUACGCUUGAUAAUUGUUGCGAGCUCACUGGAUCACCAUCAGAACAGAUGCGUGAUUUUUUGAGGAAUCUCAUACGCGAGCGUUCCGUGCCGGACACCCAUGAAAUUGAGAUGGAGUCCUCACUUGACUCCGUGCCAGACCCGGCUUUUGACAAGACGAGUCUUGCCUCAAGGACUUUUUUUGACCCAGUAAUAUUGGUGCCUAGUCUUCUGUUUGCGUUUAUAGUGGUUAUGUUAGGAUAUUCUUAUUUUUAG